AUGGACAAACAACCAGAAGCUGAGGACGUACAUGGAGAUGUCGAUGAUACACGAACAGGAAACAGAGACACGCUAGCAGAAUGCGGGCCAAGGAUAACUAUUGCAAUCGAGGAAAACGCCAGAAUGAGGGCGGAACUUAUUGAAGCUGAGGCAAUACCUAAAAUUACUAUGGCAGAGUAUCGAAAGUUCCUCCAGGAUAACUUUCCCGACAGCACAAGGUAUAUACAGUACCCCGGGAAUUUAAUCGAUCAAGUCAUGAUGUUCCAAGCAGAAAACCCAGGAUACUACUUCUAUGGUGAGUUUUCUAAUAGCAAAGUUGACGCAAAAUUCUUGGUGACCUUUCCAGAGAAGAAACUCGGUGAUGAUGCCGAGGAGUCUAGCAAAACUAUAUAA